UUUUUUGUAGUCACUGACUUCAGCAAAUUGUGAAAGGUUUAAAUGAGACAUGAUUUAUAUACAAACAUGGGGACAAUUAUGAUUAGUUUGAUAACGCUAGUGUUGACCUUUGAUUUGACCUUCGCCUAUCAACCCUAUGUGGCACCGUUUUUCUUUAUGUGUAAUUAUCAUGGCAACGUGAAUGAAUUGGGGAUUGACAGAGGAGAAGUGGCCCUCAGCGUUUCUAUAGGAGGGGAUUCAGACCUGUAUGUUCCAGGAAAACUUUACAACGUUACUAUCACAUCAUCGGUAAACUUUGACGGGUUCUUUUUGACGGGGCUGUAUACAAUGACGUCAGAAGUCAAAGCGAGGAUGCGAGGACUUGGUCUCUAUGACAACAGUGGAUCUGGGAAUAACUUGAUGUGUUCCAUCGUCCAUUCCUACAUAACCAGAGAGCCACAGCAAAAGUUGACAUUUAUGUGGAUGGCGCCACCUAGCGGGACAGGAUGCGUUAGCUUUUUAGCUACGGGAACAAUUCACCAACAGCUGUUGUUUAAAGAUACCACCGUCCUACAGUUAUGUGAAGAGGGAGCGCCUACCACGUCUCCACUACGACCGGACCUCGCUGUCCUGCAUGGUGACGGAGUCAUCCUGAGGGACGAUUUUGAUUCCUCGUCUGGCAUCAGCAGACUUAUCUGGCAUGACACGCAUGGAGGAAAUGUUAGUCGAGAUUGUGGUCACAUAAUGUACGGCGAUUCUAAUUGGUUAUGCCGGCGGUAUGGUGAAAGAAAACUGGUGACAGUUCCUAUGAACACGACGACGGCUGCAGUGUUACAGUUUGCUUUGUCGGCUGGUAGAUGUGAAGUACCGGGAACCAGAGAUCGUAACAUCACAGUAUCUUACGGAUUGCGGGCCUGUACACAGUGGACGAUCAUCGACUCCCUGAGGUUACCGUCAUCGCAAACAGAGGUUCACCUUCUUUAUCUCCCAAAAGAAGCCAGAGCUGAAAAUGUUUGUAUAAAAUGGGAACAGCUGUCCAAUAGACCACCACCAACUACAACAACAACAACAACAACAACAACAACAACACCACCACCAACAACAGUAGCUACAACACCACCACCGCCACCACCACCAACAACUACAACAUCCUCAACACAACCACCAACAACAGAGCCAUUGACGACCGCAACAGAAACAACAAUAGAAGUGACAACAAGAAAGCCAACAACACGAAGAUUUCGCACAUUAAGAUGGGACAUUUCUGACGAGGGACAACCAGACUUCAACAGUUGCUGGGGAAUUGACAAUGUGUUAGUUGUCAAUACAGCCAACCGACCUAGUCGAUUGAUGGAAGAUUUUGAUCCCAUCAAUCCCAGUAACUGGCUUUUCUUUCCUGGAGGAAACAUCAGGCAAAAAUGUAGAUCUGAAGAAAAUACCUUGUUCUUUAAUAUGGAGAAUCAAACAGUAAACUACGUGGUUUCCCAUGAUCUUGAUUUGUCAGUUUCUGACGUCACUGCAGAUCUAAUGCUAGAAGAACAGUUUGAAUCGAAGCGCCAACCAGGAUGGCAGAUUCGCGGAGGAAGGGUUGAUGUUAUCUGUGGUGUACUGUACCAUGCCAACUCUAUGGUGUUUGACGGAGCCGCGGAGAGAUGGGCGUGUACCCCGUAUUUAGAUACCAGAGUAGCCGGGAAUCUCAGGUUUUAUUUUGGAUUCGGCAGUGGGCGUUGCCGAGCGUUAGAUACACCGGAAACAAGCGUUGAGGUUUAUAUUGAGGAUGAACAUGGACACAAACCAGUGAUGCAAAAUCUUAGCAGCAGAAAUUACAAGGAACCGAGGUUAAUAUCUGUUGCUAUUAACGGCCACCAAAGACAAUAUAAGGCGCGGAUCUGCUGGAUACAGAGAUAUCACAAAGGGGUGGAUCAAGAUGUUUGGGCAAUCGAUGGAGUGCAAGUCCUGCCACAUUUUCCAAGACGAUCGAAUAUAAACAAAAUGGUUCAAUUCGACCUUAAUUUGCAUUGUGGAAAAAAUGCAAGUUCAAAUAAUCUAGAUUUACAAGCCUCUACAGACUUUGGAAAAUCGUGGUUCAACGUACAUCAAACAUGUCUCCAUAGCAACUGUGGAGGAAAUCAUCAACCUGUGUCAUCAGAGUAUAGAAGCGAGGAUUUUUUGAGCUGGAAGAGAGUGACGUCCCCUCUCCCUUUCGCUGUGUUAGUACCCCACGUCAGAUUUCGCUGGAGUGGAGCAUGGAGAGACACACCGAACUGGGCAUUGGACAAUGUGUUUAUUGGGGACUGUGAGGACGGUUGUCAUGGAAACGGGCAAUGUACAAGAACAGGGUGUAGGUGUGACUUCGCUUAUACUGGCGCGACGUGCAAAAAUCCAGUGGUGCCACACCACGUGACCAUGGUGGAGCAGUUUUAUGACGAAUCGACCUUGGCCUCCAGCAAUGCCCUUCAUAUAAAGGGCGCCUCCCUGAGCUACAGAUGCGGUGUGUUGUCUACUGGUAAAUCCUUAGUGUUUGAUAAAGAAGGACCCCGCCGUCUUGUCACGUCUGAUUUCAAUAUGACAAAUAACAGGUAUCUUCAGUUCUUCAUAAGAAUUGGAAGCAAUUCCAUGACGUCAAAAUGUCCUCCACCCGAGCAGCGUGAGGAGUCGGUGAUCUUGGAUUUUUCCUGCGAUGGGGGACUAACAUGGGAUCUUAUAAAAGUUUUUGACGAUAUUCGGGAACCACAAUCUGACAUUGUGAUGUUGCCUGACGAAGCUAGGAGACCUGCCUGCAGAUUUCGUUGGUGGCAGCCUGUCCACUCUGGAGAGGGAAGAGAUCUGUGGGCAAUUGACGGCAUUAGUAUAAACAACCACUUAUUUAACACGAUCAACUUGGACAUGGCGGACUAUAAAAACGACACCAGACAGGUGGUCGUCAAUCUUGGUACAUACUCUCACAGUUACUGUGGGGACAGAUCAAGUAUGAGUUUCAUCGACCCUCAUCAGACAGGGGACAUGCGGUACAUUGAGACGACCCCAGUACAUGUUGGUCCUACUUAUAUCGUCCAGUUUCAUUUGGUCAUGGCAUGUCGAAACAUGUAUUUGAUGGAUCGUGACAACUUUCUGUAUUUAGAAUACUCCACUGAUCAUGGCCUGAGCUGGCGAUUGGUGGAAGAACCAUGUAGUCCACCCACUACUUGUCAAUCAUACACUGAAGGUACAGUGUACCGCCCCUCUAAAUAUCAGAAGUGGCGACAAGUCACUGUACCGAUGCCUCCGUCAUCAUGGGGUCACAUUGUAAGCUUAAGGCUACGCCAGUCUGAUUGGGGUCCACUGGACACAUGGGCAGUGUCCAGAUUAUAUGUUGGCCAACAUUGUCCACAACACUGUAGCGGACACGGGAAGUGUGUUGAGGGUGUGUGUAGAUGCGAUCCAGGAUAUUUUGCAUCCACUUGUCGACCUAGAAGACGAAUUGAUGAGACUAUGCAAGCUGACUUCGGAAUUCGUUACGAACCCGACUCGGAUUUUAUAGACAUAUGGGGUGGUGAAGUCACCAGUGGUGACAAAGGUUGUGGGACAUUGCUGUCUGGAGAGACGCUGUAUUUCUCCGAUAGUGGGGCAAGAGAAGCUCAGACAAAAGACUUGGACACUAGGCAUGAUGAUUACGUCGAGUUUUACCUUAGGAUUGGAGGGGGUUUGCCAGAUUGUAACGGGGGAGACACCCCGGAUGAAGGAUUGGUUCUCCAGUACUCAAAUGAUGGAGGAAACACUUGGAAUCUGCUUAGGGAAAUGCCACCAGACAAAUUUAGGAAACCGAAAUUCGUACACAUAGUGCUACCGGAAGAUGCCCGUUCAUCAAUGACACGCUUCCGAUGGUGGCAGCCGUCCCACUCAGGCGGAGGAAGGGAUCAGUGGGCAUUAGAUGAGAUACGAGUGGGACAUUAUGAAAGAAGGAGGAACAUCAGCGACAAUUUUAAUAAUCAGCUGAAUGCAAUAGAUAAUGGUGUUUGGUCAACUAUAACGGAGGGGAUUUUGGGUAAAUAUUGUCAGAACCGUGACCGAGCUUUGAUCCUGGCCAAUCAACAGAACAGCAAAUUUGUGGUAACUAAAGAUCUGAACCUGGAAGCUGGCGACGUCAUCCAAUUUAGGAUAAAUGUUGGCUGUAGUAACCAGUUCCGCUGGGACCACACCGUCAUGUUGGAUUACAGCCAUGAUGGAGGUCAGACAUGGCGGUUACUUAAGGACCCUUGUUACCAAGAUGACGAGUGUGACGGACGUUACACGGAAGGAACUAUAUACUACUCGGGUCCGCACGGUUACUGGCAAACGGUCGUUGUACCCGUCACAGAAGAGCUGGCUAUGCACCCGGUGAUGCUACGAUGGUGGCAACAAAGUGGCUAUCCCUUCAGUUUUGGUCUUGAUGAUGUUUACGUUGGGCCACCUUGCCAAGAUGAUUGUCAUAGAAAUGGCGUCUGCGAACGGAAUGGGUGUGUGUGUGAUGAUGGAUAUAAAGGACCAGGAUGUAGUUUUGAAGGGAAAAGUCCAUACGGUAUGUCCGACUGGUUUGAUAACCACCACGCUCCGUCCGAUGUGUGGAGGCGGAUUGUGGGAGGGAAGUUGGGACUAGGAUGUGGUGUGGUGGAUUAUGGCAAUUCCUUGCACUUUAGUGAGGAAGGAACAAGAGAAGCCGUUACGGUACCUCUGAACACAACUUACCUCAGAAUGCUUCAGUUCGUAGUUAAGAUCGGCGGCAACAGCCAUGCGGUGUCCUGCAUCACUCCAGUUGGUAGGAAUGAGGGAGUAAUUGUAGAUUACUCCACCGAUAACGAAAUCACAUGGCAUGUCCUGAAGGUAGUGGAGCCAAGGGUUCAUAACUAUUCCACGGAGAGAGUCACGAUGGAAUUACCACAGGAUGCAAAAACAGAGCGUACCAUAUUUAGGUGGUGGCAACCCCUGGGGUAUGGAGGCGUACCAAGAGCGGAAUGGGGAUUGGACAGCGUCAUUAUAGGAGUGAAUGAAACAAACAAGGAACAUUUUCUAGAUGAUUUUGCGAUGAUGGUUCCUAAUCCCGAUAACUGGCUGCUGACGGAAAGCGCCGUACCGAGAAUUACGUGUAACUCACGAGGAAACGCUUUAGAAUUCAGCAGGGAUAAGGAUCUUCGUUUUGCUGAGACGGUGGACUUUAGAGUCACUCCAUCCUCAUUUCUCCAGUUUGAUAUUGCCAUGGCGUGUGACUCUCUAUACGGCACGUUGUAUGGGGUAAUGCUGGAGUACUCUGUUGAUAUGGGGCAGAACUGGCACCCCGUAGUUCAUCAUUGCGCCCCGCCUGAUUUCCAAUGUAGUGGAUACCACCUCAGUAGCGAGUACAUGUCCGACCAGCAUAAGAAUUGGACACGGGUUACGCUAUACAUGCCACCAGGCGCAGUAUCUCCGGCAACUAGACUUAGAUGGAAACAACAAAAUAAAUUACCACGUGGAAAUGUUUGGGCGCUAGAUAAUGUUUACCUUGGCAACGGUUGUCCAUGGUUAUGUUCUGGUCAUGGUUAUUGUCGCCAGGGGACAUGCAUAUGCGAUCCUGGUUUCGGUGGUCCACACUGUAACCCAAUACGAUCUCGUCCUAUGAUGCUUCGAGACGAUUUUAACGAAGAUAAAUUAAACAGUCAUCAUUGGAAAGAAAUAUAUGGCGGGGAGCCGUCAUCUGUGUGUGGUGUCAUUGUCAGUGGAAACUCCUUGUUAUUUCACAUGAAUCACCUUCGCAUGGUUGUCAGCGAUGAUAUUGACACCAGUAUGCUGACAGGCGUGGAGUUUUAUUUUAAGUACGGAUGCACCCACGAAGUGACGGAUUGGCCAAGGUCCGAGAGUGUUCUAUUCCAGUACUCCAACAAUGGCGGUAUAGUUUGGAAUCUCCUUAAGGAGAUCCACUACCCGGAUACGAAUAAGGUCAGGUUCUUUGGUUUGGAUUUACCCGAUAAGGCUAAAUCUGCUGCCACAAGAUUCCGGUUUUGGCAACCAAAAAAUGGAGGAAAUAUGAAGUCAACAUGGUCUGUAGACAACUUCUAUAUUGGAAAGAUGCCCGUUAGUCCAAGUUCCAUGUCUGAUAACUUCGAACUGAGGAGCUUGGUAGAUUCCUGGCUCUUCAGUAACGACGGGGAGUUAGGGAGCUACUGUGAACAUAACACUAGACAGGAUACCGUUGGUUCUGGACACUCGGCGCUAGUCUUUGGUCUCGCCGGAACUCACGGAGAGAGAUAUGUGGAGACUAAGGACCUGAACGUUGGGCCUAUGUCUGUGCUACAGUUUGAUAUAAACGUCGGAUGUGAGUCGGAAUCCACACAUGAAUAUCCAGUUAGGGUUGAAUACUCACCAAACAGUGGGAAAACCUGGCAUAUGCUGGUCUCUAACUGUGCCGCCACCUCUUCAGCCUGGUGCUUUGAUGUCGACGUUCCAGCGACUAUAUAUUAUAGUGGUACCACUAAAUAUUGGAGAAGAGUUGUAGUUCCACUGGACAAUGUGUACAUUUGUGGAUCUCUGAGGUUCAGAUGGUAUCAAGGGUUCCUUGCUGACAACAGCUAUGCACCUGAAUGGGCAAUCGACAACGUAUUUAUUGGCAUGUCUUGUAUGGAUUUCUGCCUAGGACAUGGCACAUGCUCGAACACCAUGAUGUGCUCGUGUGACCAAAAUCACCAUGGUGAUAGUUGCGUGCCUUCCAUUCAUCACCCCACUCAUCUAUCGGAAGAUUUUGAUGGUAUUAACAAGGAAUCGCCUGUCAAGGGACAAACCUUAAUUGAGAAUGAUGUGAACGAAACAAAAUGGUGGAUCCAGAGUGGUGGGGAAGUGUCUGAUGAAUGCGGGGAGUUAAUAUCAGGGAAGUCACUCCAUUUCAAGCAGAGUGGAGAGAGAAGUCUCAUUAGCACAGAUCUAGACUUGAGUAAAGUGAGCAUUAUUCAAUUCUUCAUUCGGCUUGGUUGUGGGAAAAGACCACCUGCUAUUUCCUCCUUCCCUGUGUAUCUACAGUACUCCACAAAUGCAGGUGUUAAUUGGAAAGCUAUAGAACAAUUCGACUUUAAUAAACAUAGUAAUGUUCCGAAGUACAUAGCUCUGCAUGUUCCCAGCGAAGCAAGAACCAACUCUACGAGGAUUCGCUGGUGGCAGCCGUCUUUGAAUGGAACGUUUCCAGACGAAUGGGCAAUUGAUCAGAUUUUCAUUGGAGGAGAUAUGAAUGGUGUAACACCGCUGGAUGAUGAUUUUAAUUUGCCCAAGGAAACAAGCUGGUUAGUGUAUCCAGGUGCUGUUAUAGAAGACGUUUGUGGAUCUUCACAGAAGGCCAUCCAUUUUAAUGGGGAUACAGGAAUAAGGUACGCAAUGUCUGGUGAUGUCAUCGUUGACGAAGCAUCGUUUCUACAAUUUGAAGUUGCCAUGGGCUGUCUAUCUAAUAGGGAAUGUUAUACUAUCGGAAUAGAGUUCUCUCGAGAUUUUGGUAACACAUGGGAAUUGCUGCAACCACCUUGUUUACCGUCUGAUGUGGACUGUGGUCGGUUUAAUCCCGGAAGUACUCUGGUAUCCGAUGUACACACUGGAUGGCACAGAGUUACAUUGCCACUUCCAUAUUACUCAAGAGGCAAAGCCAUACGAUUUCGAUGGAUUCAGCCAACAGGUUAUGGGAAGAAACAAAACUGGGCUGUUUCUCAAUUAUAUAUUGGCAAGGACUGUCCUCAUGUGUGUAGCGGUCAUGGGAAAUGUUCAGAGGCAGGAUGCAUUUGCGAUGACGGAUGGAUGGGGUUGAACUGUAGUGAAUCUGUGUUCACACUCCCAACAUACCUUUAUGACUCCUUUGACCCGGAUGUAAACGAAACGCAAUGGAUUAAGAUUGUCGGGGCGCAGACAGUUCCUCCUUGUAGUGUGAUGGCUGCUGGUAAUGCGUUGCAUUUCUCAGGGGGUUGCAGCCGCGUGCUAAUCUCGCGAGAUCUUGAUCUCCGGCACGCUUUGUUUAUUCAGUUCAUGUUCUUGUUCGGUUGUACUGCUGGUCCUGUUACCCGUAACCAAGGAGUCCUCGUGGAUUACUCCACUGAUGGCGGAAUCACGUGGAUGCCAAUUACAGAAUUAUAUUACACACUAUACAGAACACCUAGAUUUCUCAGCAUCAAAUUGCCAGAAAAAGCAAAAAGUAAUGGAGUCAGAGUUCGAUGGUGGCAACCUGUCCACGGAGGAUACCCAGUGGGUGACUGGUCUAUAGACAAUAUCAGAAUAGGAGGGGAGGAUGUCAAUACCUUUCAGAUCUCACAAGAGUUUAGGGGAGAGUUUGACUACCAGAACUGGAUGAGGGAUGACAAUAUGGUCUCGGAAUCGAUUUACUGCAACGAACAUAGCGUUGCUCAUGGUAGAACACAAACGAAAGAGAAUUCGGUGUUGGAAACGAGAGAAAUUGGUAUUGAAAAUGGAUUCGUUAUCGAGUUUGAGAUAAAUGUUGGUUGUGGGCAAACAUUUAAUGAAUCGAGUCCAUCGGUACAUUUGGAAUAUUCUACUGAUCACGGGGUAUCGUGGUCUCACCUAUCUCCACAGUGUUUACCAAAGGAUGUACGGUGUAAUGGAGGACCCCAGAUGGGAAGUGUUUAUCACAGUGAACCUAUGGGAAUGUGGAGAAGAUACUCCAUUAUUCUGAAGGGACUACCUGUGUCAAACUCUACAAGAUUCAGAUGGACCCAAAGGGCAGAUGGAAAUCAAGGUCCCUCCCAUCAAUGGGGAAUACGAGAAGUUUAUAUUGGCAAAGGCUGUAACGAUCACUGCAACGGACAUGGACGUUGCCGGUAUCCAUCUUGUUCUUGUGACUCCGGUUACUAUGGAUACGCGUGUCAGAAUGAUGGAGGACACAACCCUGUAUACUUAAAGGACAACUUCGAAAAAGGUAGAUUUGAUAAGACGAAGUGGUCAUUGGUUGAGGGAGGAGAAAUUGGCAAGCCCUGUGAGAAUCUAGUGGAAGGCUCUGCAGCAGUAUUCACAGGACCCAGCUACAGACAACUUGUCACUGUAGAUCUAGAUCUCAGAAACACAAAAUUUGCUCAGUUUAUUGGGUCCAUAGGAGGAAUAGAUAUUGAUCCUACAUGUUUUACUCCAAAGUCAACCGAACAUAGCGUGAUUCUGCAGUACAGCAAUGACGGAGGAUUAACGUGGGAAGAUCUGCAUGUGAUGGAUUACACUGCUUACAAACGUCCAAAGAAGGAGUACAUAGUGUUACCACAGACUGCCAGAACAAAGAGCACGAGGCUGAGAUGGUGGCAACCCCUGGACAGACACUGGGAGCAGUCUGGACCACAAUGGGCUAUCGACAAUGUCCUUAUAGGUGGUAAAGAAAUUAAUCCAAGCCAAGUCCAGGUUUCGUUUGAUGAGGCAUUCCAAAGUGACGCUCCGUGGGAAUUUAACCCAUUCGGAGAAAUAAAGGAUAACAUAUGUAGGAAGGGCGACAGCUCAAUCGUCUGGACUGAAGGGAAUGGCAACAGGAGUUUUACAACAAGUCAGAUGAUUGUACAAGAGGGGUUCAUGCUUCAAUUCAAGAUUGCAAUGGGAUGUGAUGGCGUUGAUGAUGCUUGUACAGAUUAUGCACCUUUACGCCUGGAAUAUAAUAAAGACCCUAACAAUGACCACUGGGCCCUCGUACGCCCGCUAUGUCUUCCAGAUCAUGUUCGCUUAUCGGAGUGUCAGCCCCGGCAUUAUCACACCGCCUCCAUCUACACCCACCACGUCUCUCCAUCAUGGACUCUUGUCACCAUUCCAUUAACGGAGAAAAUAUUCUCAAGUUCUACUCGGUUCCGGUGGAUACAAGAUGCACGGAGUACACUCGGAACAUCUUGGGCUCUCGAUGAUAUUUAUGUCGGAGAAAUGUGCCCUGGCAUGUGUCAUUCUCGGGGAACUUGUGUGAAUGGAAAGUGCUUCUGUGAAAGGGGAUAUUUUGGAAAAUCUUGUCGCCCUCGUCCAGGUAGUUUGAUUAGGACAAUGCAUGAUUCCUUUGAAGGAGGGAUUUUCUCAUUUUACUGGGAGUUCAUCACAGGUGGUGUCAUAGGAUUUGGUUGCGGUGCUCUACGUCCAUUUGCUCAUGGCAAAACUCUGUAUUUUAAUGGAUGUGGCCAUCGUGAGGCAAGGACGGUAGAAAUGGACCUGAAAAAUGCCAGAAAAAUAAUGUUUGUCUUACAAAUUGGCUGUCCUGAUCAGACAACAUCCUGCAAUAUCCAAUCUGGGAGGAACGGCUCAUACAGCGGGGUUUUACUCCAGUACUCAUUGAAUAAGGGUGCAGAAUGGAAACUUCUGUCUCGACAUGAUGCAGAGGAGUAUCUAUUGCCUAAAAGAGCUGCGUAUGAGCUGCCAGAGGACUCCAAGCAAGAGGGCAUACAGUUCCGAUGGUGGCAGCCCGUCCACCGAGGCAAAGGGUUCGAUCAGUGGGCCAUCGACCAGGUAGCUGUUAUACAGGAUCACAGCGCGCGCAAGAUGAGGUUUAGUUCCAGAGGAAGCAGUGAUACAACAUGAAAUCACGUGACAUUUAAUAGUGGAUUGUAUAUGUAAUUUAUUGUUGUUUGACUGUUGAUUUGUGAAUUUGUAUUUCUGUCAGAGUUUAUCGUGUGUGUAAAUGUCAUUACAGAUAUCUCUAAUCUCUACAUCUAAAAAUUGAAUAAUUUGCUAUGUAAAGCUAAGAAAACAAACUCUCAUUACAUUGUUACUUUGUAAGAUGACGAAGAAAUAGCCCAUAAUCUGGACAUAAUCCUAAUGUUGUUUUUAUAUCUAUCUUAGACAAAAACAGCCGCCUAAAUAUUAACUGCAUAUCCAAAUUACUCACUGUUAAAUAUCAAUGUUCUGUUUAGUAGGAAGUAUAUUAUAGGAUUAAACAUUCUUUUUGAAGAAUUUAUCAAUGUGUAAACUCCGGACAUUUUACUCACAAACUGAAUAAAAGUGCGAAGCACUUUUAUGUUAAGUUUGUGAGUAAAAUGGCCGGAGUUUACACAUCGAUAAAUUCUUCAAAAAGAAUGUUUGAUUCUUAUAAUUCCAAUUCAUUCACUUCAUUAACAAUUGCAAAAAUUUGAAUAGUUUCCCCGCACUAUGUUAUUUGUUUUCAGGCGUGUAUGAAUACAUCGCGUUUUCGGAUUUAUUGAUGUAUAAACUCUUGUUCAACUUUAUUUUUGUCCAAUCAAAACACUUGUAAUAAGUAACAUUGUAAUUAUAUUAAGAUAUAGGCGAGUUAAUGCUAAAUUUUAACCCCACUCUCACAAGUAUAUUUAAUGAACUGAUCUCUUUAUCAGAUAUUUCUACUAUUUCAAUAUUAGCCACCAACAUCCUCGUUGUGUUUUUGGUGAAGGGUAUAAAUACCCAAUCCCCAUCAGAUGAAAGAAAAAUUGAGCAUUGGAUAAAUCCUAUCAAAUACAAACUUUGAUAUAGUGUGAUAUAUCUUAUUUCUCAAAGUUUUAAGAGCAGAUGGGUCACUUUUGACCCUAUAAAGACAUCUGAUAAAAAUCCUUGGUGCAUUUGAUAUAUUCCAUCAAUUAACCAUAAUAUUGGAGAAUUGGCCUCGCGUGCGUUAACGGAUACGAUGGUAGAUUUGACGAAGGUGUAUGUCUCAGAUGGGUCAUCAGAACAUUCCUAUAGAUUUCUUUGCAAUAUAUCUUAAAAGGCAUAUUCUUUGUAUAAAAACACUUUUCUAUCAGCCGUACAUCAUCUUGACAUCUCUUAUGGGCUGUUCAAUUGUAAAGAUGUUGAUCCCGUUUUUAACCAGUUUAAAUGCAUUUACUCAACUGAAAAUAAUGUCAGUUUAUCGGAUUGUAAGUGAAUGAUUUGAUGAUAACGUCUGCCUAAAUGAACAUUGCUUUGUUUUCAUUUAAAUGAUAUUAAUUCUGUUCAGCACGCAAAUACCUUUUGAAGAUUUGUACACGAGAUAGAAUAUUGUUUAUAUUUCCGUCUAUUGAAUUUCAGUUGAAGCUGUGCGGCUUCGUCACAUAUUUAGCUGUAUAUCCAGCGUGAUAUAGUUCUGCCUUCAUGAUAUUUUGUCAUGUCACAUCGCGUAUUCCUACAUGCACAACAUAUGCUUUUUGACAAACGUAAUAUUAUCUUCAUCAUUAUGAAUUGUUAUAGAUAUGCGAUUCUUCGAGUGCAUUUUAAGGUUUCAUAAAAAAUGUAUAUUUACUUUAACGAUGCUUCAUUGAAAUACAUGUAUGAUCAUUUUCAUCAUUGCAUCAUAAACCAUGAUAGUGUUAAAAUGUUGCACGGUGUUAAGUUUCAUCAAAUGAAAUAAAACAUUGGGUAAGACCAAAGCAAUAACCUCCCAUAUCUUUGUUUUGAAUAUCAUUUUAAUUUAUCUCUCUGAAAAUGUUUCAACCGAAAACUAAUUGUAUAUAGUCGUCAAUAUCAAUGAUAGCUUGAGAAGUACAUGUAUAUAUAAAUCACAUUUAUUUGUUCAUUUGUAGAACAGUUUAUGUCCCAAAGAGACAUGCCAUCAUGUACCUUGAAUGAAUAAAAACAUUUAUUUUCACAAAA